AUGAAUUUGGAAUCUUAAUAUUAAGAAUUCUAAGAAGAGAAAAUUAAUAUUCCUACAAUUAAUAUAGAAAAUACAAUCAAUAGUAAUCAAAAAAGAUCAAGUUUUUUUCGAUUGAUUCAAUAUUCACUAUAAUAUAAAUUGCUAUUGUUUUUUGGAAAUUUAGGAUUGUUAAUUACUUCAAUUUCAAUGGUAGCAUUACCAUACUUAACAGGGUAUUAUAUAUAUAUAAUCUUAGGAAAAUGAUUGAUUCCAUAACAAAAUCUAAAUUUUUUAACUUUAUAAUUCAUAGGGUUAACAAUUGUAACUGCUUUUUUUACUUUUUUAAAUUCAUAUGCUUAUAAUAUUCUAGGAGAAAAAAUAACAUUUCAUCUAAGAAAUGAAUUAUUUUAAAGUUUAAUUUUAAAAGACAUUGAAUUUUUUGAUUCUAAUAGAUCUGGAGAAUUAAUAUCUAGACUUUCAUCUGAUAUAUCUGUAAUAAAUAAAGGAACCAAUAAUUCUAUUUCUACAGUUUUAAAAAAUGCUAUUUAAGUUAUAGGUAGUUUGAUUUUAUUAUGUUUUAUAAGUUGGAGAUUAACACUUGUAUUAUUUUGUGUGAUUCCUCCUUCUGUAAUUAUAGCAAUUAUAUUUGUUAAAAAAUAUAAGCAAUUAAGAAAGGAAUAUUAAUAAUCCAUAGCUUACUCUACUUAAAUAGCUUCAGAAGUCUUAAGUAAUAUGAGGAUUGUAAGAUCUUUUUCAACAGAGGAAAGAGAAAGCAACUCAUAUAAAAAGGCUAAUUAAGAUGUUUAUUAUUUUGGUAAUAAACUAGCAAUUUUAGGAAGUUAAUUUAUGGCUAUUGGAAUCGUUUUAGCUUAUAGUGUUAUAUUAGCUAUUUUGUAUUAUGGUGGAAGUCUAGUAAUUGAUGGAUAAUCAACAAUAGGAGAUUUAAGUUCUUUUGUAUUAUAUACCUUAACUAUGACUAGUAUAAUAUUAUUUUAUAUUAGUUUCUCUUUUGUCCUUAAGUGGAACAAUGAAUGAGAUGAUAUCUGCUGCUGCUGUCUCUGAAAAGAUUUUUGAUAUAAUAGAUCAUCCAAUUAAAAUACGAAAUGGUACUUUGGAUGCAUCUAAUAUAUCUGGUUAAAUUAAUAUAUCAAAUGUAACAUUUUGUUAUCCAACUAAAUAAAAUGUGAUGAGUUUAAAAAAGAUAUGCUUAGAGAUUAAUUAAGGGGAAGUUGUAGCAUUUGUUGGAUAAAGUGGUAGUGGAAAGUCCACUAUUGUUUAAUUGUUAUAGAGAUUUUAUGAUUCUGGAUAAGGAUCAAUUUUAUUUGACAAUAUAGAUAUUAAAGAGUAUAAUCUAAAGUAGCUGCAUAAUUAAAUAGGAUUUGUUGCACAAGAACCAACUUUAUUUUCUGGUACAUUGAAAGAUAAUAUUACAUAUGGUGUAGAUACUUUCACUUAAGAAGAUAUUGAUAAUGCAAUGAAAUUAGCUAAUGCGUAUGAUUUUGUGACAGAUAUGUCAAUAUUUCCAGAUGGAUUAGAAACUAUAGUAGGAGAAAGAGGAGUGAAAUUAUCAGGAGGUUAAAAAUAGCGUAUUGCUAUUGCUAGAGCUUUGAUAAAGAACCCUAAAAUAUUGAUAUUUGAUGAAGCAACCAGUGCUUUAGAUUCUGAAUCUGAAUUUUAAGUUUAAAAGGCUAUUGAUGAUCUUGUUUAAUCAGGUUAAAAGACUAUUAUUAUAAUUGCUCAUAGAUUAUCCACUGUAAUUAAUUCUAACAAAAUUAUUGUAGUCUAAAAUGGAUAAAUAGUUGAAUAAGGAAAGCAUCUAGAAUUAAUAGAAAAAAAUGGUGUUUAUAAACAAUUAAUUGAAAGACAAUUGUAAUGA